AUGAGACCUCUAGCAAAGCUCUUUUCUUGCUCCGUUCAUAAAAUUCUUGCUGUUUUUCCUCAACUGCUCCGGUUAACCGUGUUAGCGAUUUGUGUUUUAUGGAAGAACUACAGGCAUCUAAGCUCAACCUACAAGUACACGUCGAUGAUCAACAAGAAAAGCUCGACGUUUAGUUACCAAAAAAGGGCUGAGCCGGAGCUGGUCGAGUUUUGCAGCAUUUGUUUGUCGGAGUUUGCAGAAGGGGAUGUGGGCAGGGAGCUGGUGGACUGCAAGCAUGUGUUUCAUAGGCAUUGCCUGGAGAAAUGGCUGCAAAGGUGCCGGCCUACGUGCCCGUUGUGCAGGAGCUUGGUAGUGCCUGAGGUGGUUGCGGCUAAGUAUCAUCAGAUGCAAAUUGAGUGGGAAAAUGAUGGGUUGAGAAGGAAUUGGCUCUUGUCUUGUUGA